AUGGUGGUGCCCCAACCCAUUUUCCAUCAAACCCUUUUGCCAUUACUUUUCUGUAUCACAACUCCUUCCUUGGUCGCUGCCAAUCCCACAGAUGGGUUCACCCGUCUUCUAUUAUCCAACUUCAACUUCCAGGUCCAAAAGCCACACGAUGUUCCACAAAACCUGCAUUACAGCUUCUCAAAUGGAGUGCAUAAAUUUUGGGUAUAUUCCACGGACAAACCUCACACGCCUAGCAGCGACAUAGUACCACGAACUGAGAUUCGUGUCACUGGAUACGAUUAUACUUCUGGUGUGUGGCAAUUUGAAGGGUAUUUCUACGUGCCUAGUGGGACAAGCGGAACGUGCAUCCAGCAAGUGUUUGGUGGAGCCUCCUCAGCCACAACCUCGCAAACUAGGGUCUAUGGAGGAUCUCUCACCCAUUACCAAUCACCUACUCUGGAACAAGACAUAUACGGUAAGUGGUACCGCCACAACGUAAUCCAUGAUGUGGGUGCCAACAAUGUAAAGAUUUUUAUCAAUGGGGUGAAGAUAUUUGAUGGAAAUGGUCGUGGAGCCAGCAGUCACUACUUCAAGUUCGGGGUUUACGCACAGAAUGGUUCUUCCAACUACAUGGAAUCUCAAUGGAGGGAUAUCAAUAUUUUUAGAAAUAACAGAGAUUGA